AUGAAGUUGACGACAAAUGAACUUCAAAAUACGAAUCGUGCUACCAGUGAUGACACACCAAAACGAAGCGAACAAAUUGAAUUAGAAGAGGCGGAAGCAGCUCUAGCAACAAAAGAUUAUAAAGUUGCAAGAAACAUAUUACAAAAGCUUGUUCAGAUCGAGACUAUAUCAGAUGAUGAGGAUUCGAUUAGAAUUAAAGAAACGACUAUAUUAGCGUUGGGAAAAUUGUUUAAGGAGAUAAAAGAUGCAAAAGCUGAGUUGAUAAAAACAACACGUCCAUUUCUUGGUCAUGUUAGUAAAGCAAAAGCAGCUAAACUUGUUCGUACACUAGUUGAUUUAUUUCUUGAUAUGGAAGCUGGGACUGGUCAAGAAGUCAGAUUGUGCCAAGAAAAUAUUGAAUGGGCUAAAACUGAAAAUCGAACAUUUUUACGGCAGGAAUUAGAGUCUCGUCUUGUUGCACUUUAUUAUGAAACAAAACGUUAUAAUGAAGCACUUCAGUUGGGUUCACAGUUACUUAAAGAGUUGAAGAAAUUAGAUGAUAAACAACUAUUAGUGGAAGUACAAUUACUGGAAAGCAAAACGUAUUUUGCACUAAGUAACACACCGAAAGCAAGAGCAGCAUUGACAUCCGCUCGUACAACAGCAAAUGGCAUUUAUACACCUCCAAAAUUACAAUCCAGUCUUGAUUUGCAAUCAGGCAUUCUUCAUGCAGCUGAAGAUAAAGAUUUUAAAACCGCAUUUUCUUACUUUUACGAAGCAUUUGAAGGAUAUGAUCAGAUUGAUAGUAACAAAGCAGUCAUAGCACUAAAAUAUAUGCUAUUAUCCAAAGUUAUGAUGAAUCUAUCUGAUGAUGUUAAUGCAUUGAUGUCUGUCAAAUUGGCAUUAAAAUAUACUGGACGUGAUGUAGAAUCAAUAAAAGCUGUCGCUCAAGCCAGUAAAAAACGUUCAUUAGCUGAUUUUCAACAGGCAUUGAAAGAUUAUAAAGAUGAAUUAAUAGAUGAUCCAAUGGUUCGUUCACAUUUGGAUACAUUAUAUGAUAAUCUUUUAGAGCAAAAUCUUUGUCGUUUGAUUGAACCCUAUUCUAAUGUACAAAUUGGUCACAUAGCACAGUUAAUAAAUUUACCACAAGAUGUUGUUGAAAAAAAACUAUCACAAAUGAUUCUUGAUAAAAAAUUUAGCGGUAUAUUAGAUCAAGGUAGCGACGUACUGAUUAUAUUCGAUGAACCACCAUCCGAUACUCAGUAUCAAGAUGCUCUUGUUAUCGUACAAAAUAUGAGUAAAGUUGUCGACACUUUAUUCCAAAAAACAAAAAAAUUAUCGUAG